AUGACAGAUAUUGAUUUUCUACGAGGUCAUGUUGGGAUCAACAGUUCUGAUGCUGAACUAAUUGAUGAAGAAGGGAAAUGUGUACCUUUGUACGAAACUUAUAUCCAUCAUUGGUUUGCUUUAGAUACUUUGAAAAUCCAAAAACAACUAAGAGUGUUUUUGAAAGAUCCAUUUUCAUUAGAAACGAAGGCACAUGCCAAGGUAGUAAUCUGCCACAUUAUUGGGGCUUGGGAAAUGAAUCACAAGGAACAACCUCAAACAUUCCAUAUCUUUUUGCUAGUAGGUAACCCAGAAGGAAUUCUUAAUGGUUUUGAAGAGAAAUGGUUCUUCAAUAUCAUGGCCAUUGAUACACGUGGCGUACAAGAUAGAAAAAGUUGUUCAGAAUGCAGAUGUGACCUUAUGAAUAUCACAAAGGAUAUCUUUAGUACCACAAAGGGUGUUGAUGGCAAACAAUUAAGCUAG